UCCCCUCCUUUCAAUGUUACACUCAGAGGGUGGAAGUGAAGAGCACUUACAGAUGAGAUUUUUAACUACCUGUUGCAUGCCAUGGCAGUAUUUUAUCGGAUACUUCUCCUGCUAUCUGUGACUGUGGCCUCUGCGGCAACACGCAGAUCACAGCGGACAAAGCGAGGGUUACUUGAGUUGGCAGGAGCAAUCAAAUGCAGCACCGGGAGAUCUGCUUUGGCUUAUAUGGUGUACGGAUGCUACUGUGGUCUGGGCGGCCAAGGCUGGCCCAAGGACAGGGCAGACUGGUGCUGCCACAGACAUGAUUGCUGUUAUGGAGAUGCAGAACGUCUUGGCUGCUAUACAAAAUUGAGUCAGUAUCGGUGGACCUGUGAGGACAAGACAGCUGAGUGUGAUAAUUUGAAGGACCAAUGUGAAAAGCUGCUGUGCAAGUGUGACAGAGAUGCUGCCAAAUGUUUGAGAAAAGCACCUUUCAUUCGGAAAUAUGCACUAUGGCCAGAUUUUCUAUGUGGCCAUGACCAUCCUACAUGCAAUAUUUACUGACACAAUAAAUACAUCUUUAUGUGUCUUAUGUGCCUUUUCUUUUAAUAUACGCAGCGUUACAGUAAGUCAGUCACUCUGCUUUUGCAGAAAUUGUUUUAAUAAAAAACACACAACGUAUUACAGUAAAUGAACACCACCUAUUUUGUUUCUCGAGUCAAAUAGAGGGAACAAUCAAAUACUCAGACCUAACAAUAGUACUUUUAUUGGCUAGCAUGUGUUACUGAACUGUGAAGUGGAGUGCCUGCUUCAUAACAGUGAAGCUGACUCUUUGCUUUGGGUGUGUUUUUGACUGGAUUUCAUUUACUGGAGUUAAAAAAAAACACUCCCCACACUUGAGCUAAUGGUGAGGGUUGUUUUCUUUAUAUUUAAAAUCUGCUCUGACACGACUUCCUACACUUUUUUCCAAAGCCAGUGAGGGAAAAGUCUCAGCAGCAGCGCCAAAUUUUAUCUUUGUAUUUAUUACUGAAAAAAACAAGUUUGAAACCUCUUGCAUGUUUACUUCCUUUUAAGGUUUUAAAAUAUCACAGUAUGGUCACAGUUGCAUGUGUUUUCCUAUGAUGUGUACAGAUUACCUCAUAAUCCCUAAAUAGCUACCAAAUGAUUUUGCAUGUGCAACGGCCUGAGGCCUCUAUAUCCACUUCCUGGAUUCGCGGUUAGGAGAAUGACUCAGCUGCGGCAAUAUUUGGUCUGUGAUUUGAUUGUUCAUCUAAGGUAUAUAGUGACUCAGUCUUUUUAUUUCUCUCCUCCAGCUAAUUUGAGAUUGUUAGAAUAUUGCGUGCUUUAUUUCUUAAUUAAUGUACCUACCACAAGUACACACAUCUGCAUACCACACAGGUUACUGAUUAAAAGAUUUACAUAUUUAAUUUUAAAUUUUUCUUUUCAUAAGGGUUAAAGGUGAUCUCAGGUGAUUUUGUCUGGGUUGCCAUUAGGAAACUUUGCUUGCAGAAUCUUAUUGUUUUUCAAUGGUUUCCUUUAGUCGCUGAAAUAAAGAAACUUUUUUUUUUUUUU